CAAGGUGGCUAGACUGGGGAAUUCACUAAUUCAAUCGUUUGAUCCCACUGCCUCAGACGGACGCCGAAGCUUUGAAAUUUAUAGGCUAACUAAAGGGACGGAGGGAGGACAGUCGGGCAGAUUCGGUUAUGCAACCAUAUGGUUUCGGACUCACUUCUAAACUCUAUUUCACAUCUCAAUUCUACCUUGCCCUCUAAAGUUUUUUUAUUUUUUUAGUAUUUUAAUGGCGGAUCACUCAGACUCUUCACCCCUGGUCUCUCCACCGCCGAUCACUGACCCUAGCGAGAUCGACCUUGAGGCCGGUCCGAGCGAACAAAUUCAAUGCCGAAUUUGUCUCGAAACAGACGGUAGAGAUUUCAUAGCUCCUUGCAAGUGCAAGGGCACAUCAAAAUAUGUACAUCGAGAGUGUUUGGAUCAUUGGCGAGCUGUUAAGGAAGGGUUUGCAUUUGCUCACUGCACAACCUGCAAGGCUCCUUAUCAUUUGCGUGUGCAUGUUGCCGCUGAUAGGAAAUGGCGAACCUUGAAGUUUCGAUUCUUUGUUACCAGAGACAUUUUGUUUAUAUUUCUGGCUGUCCAGCUUGUCAUUACUUCACUUGCUUAUUUGGUUUAUCUAAUAGAUGGUUACCAGCAGUAUUGGCUUCGUCUUAUCUGGGGUUUUGAUAGCGAGCUUAGCUUUUACUAUAUAUGUGGAGCACUAUUGUUCUUUGCUUUGCUUGGCCUCUCUGGGUGCUUCAUUACUUGUUAUGAUCGAAGGGUUCGCAAUGAUUUAGCUCAGCCUUGUCGAGAAUUAUGUCUUUGUUGCUGUCAACCUGGAGUUUGUGCAGACUGUCAUUUGCCGGGCACUCUUUGUAUGUGGACUGAUUGCACCGCAUGCUUCGAGAGUUGCGGAACUAUGGCUACUGAAUGUGGUGGUUGCUUGGGAGGUGCUGGGGAAGCGGGGUUGCCCCUGUUAUUCAUAAUGGCAUUGAUUGUUCUAGGACUUUUUACUGUAAUAGGGAUAUUUUACAGUGCACUGGUGGCUACUAUGGUAGGACAACGGAUAUGGCAGCGGCAUUAUCAUAUCCUUGCAAAAAGGAUGCUAACAAAGGAGUAUGUGGUUGAGGAUGUUGAUGACGAGAUGGCAGGGUCUGAUUGGUCUCCCCCAUCUCUCCCACUCGAGCAUGUUCAGCAGCUGAAAACACUGGGCCUUCUAUGAGUACUGUGAAUGUGAAGGAGUCAUCUACUCGCUGACGAGAAUAACAUCACUGAGACAGUCCGGCCCCCUCCUUAGGUGGGCCGAGUACAGAGAUUUCCGGUUAUACACAAAAUGUCCCGGCCGCCUCAAAUUAGAUAGAUUUGUAUAAUUUUGCUCACAUACGUGAGUGUAUUUGAAAUUCUAUUCUCUAUUUUUUUAAUAACACAAAUUCUGUUCCGUCCAGUAAGGUAAGAAAACAAGGGUCCCUUUAAUACUUGUUAAGAAGUAUG